ACCUUUUUCCCUUCUUUAAACCUGUUCAUUGUGAACAGACUAAAAAGAGACGGACUCGGUUAAUAGAAAUACGACAGGAUUAUAGUAGGAAGGACGGUAGUUGGGACAUCUUGAUAGUUGAGAUUGGUAACUUGGCGAACUAGAUUUGAACGAUGAGAGCAGACGGCAGUCCCAAUGAAAUGCGUCCACAAGUCGCAUGAUCAUGUUUUUUUCACUUACAGACAAAUAGCUGAAAAUGUACGAUAACUUUGAACGAGCUAUUGGCGUUUUCCAGUAAAUUUCCCUGGUCUGCAAGGACCUUGUUUUCAUAAAUCACCAACUUUCAGGGCUUUUUCCAUCCAUCUGUGCUUCACGGUGGUGGAAGAGGGUGUUAUAGAUUUGUGAUGUUGAUGUGAUGCUAUUGCCGAUGUUUUGAUUUCAUAAAGUUCUCAAUUUUUUGUAUAUUGCAUUUGUCCGUUUGCUGCAGUGGGAUGUAAAUGAAAUUGUCCCAGUGAAGAAUAGAGGUUUGGUCUGCUUGCUAUUGAGCUGAAUAUUGCAGAGAAAAUUAGGUCUACAACAUAUACAUGUAGUAUAUUAGACUAUAUUAGACUGAAGAAUUUCUCGUACACUGUAGUGCAACUCAAGGAUUUGUCACUUAUCACUUUGGUCAUCCACGAUCACCUACAGUGUAACCCUACUGAAGUAAGCUCUCUAUCCACUUUAGGCCAAAAUGCCAAUUUUGGCUUUCUUGUUUACAUUCUGCAUUGCUCAUGUUAGUGAUGGGCUGUGCAGUUGUUUCUGCGUGUAGAGGUGCAUGGCUAGUUUUAAACCAUGUGCAUUGGCAUCUAUUGCUGGGCUACCCUGCUGCAUCAUCACCUAGAAGUCUGCAGCAGAAUAGCUGAACUAGGUGGAGAUCGUGCCUGCAGAGCACUAUUUCAUCCAAGACAGCCUCCUCCGGACUCAGAUUGUUUUGUUUUGCAUACAGACAGAAUCUAAUUGGACACUGUUUGACUCUGUGAAAAACCCUGUUUAAUCUGCCUCAGUGGUAAGUGUAGAAACCCAGGGAGGCUGUCUCUAUGUUUCCCUGAGAUCAAUUGUAUGGUCACUUUGUGCCCCCCUAGUCUGCACUUGCUAACCCGCACAUCUGUGAUUUUGAAGAAAUUGGUUCUGAAGUGGCUCUGCCUGCUGCUUUUUCUCAGAGAGAAAAACACAACUUUUUCUCCCAAUAACGUAAGCUGGCAGAAUGCCUGGCAUUGCUUCACUGAAAAGAUGCUUCCUCUUAAAGGUCAGGGGGAUGUUAUCAGUGAACGGAGACCAUGUUGCUGCACGGGAAGAGUUGGAGAUUAGUUGCACACUCCAGAGGGACCUGGCUUCCUGGAUCAAAGAAAACAAACAAAUGCUGUGUCAAGUUUAAGUCACUUGCUUAUUCUUGACUGUAUUUAACUACUGAAAAUUUGCUUAUUGAUUUCUUGGAAGGGAUUGCAUUUUAUUUUCCUGUUGAAUUAGACAACUUUCUUCAAUUAGAGCUUGAUAAUUGUUUUAUAUUAAAGGAUAUCAAAUAAUGGUGCCAUUGUUUAUUAGGUUUCACAAAAUGCUUACUAACUUAUCAUGAUACCUGUAUAAGCUGAGCACUUUUAGCACUUUUCUUUUAGUUUUCAUUGAUGUUUAUCUGUUGUGCCACAUCACUGGACUUUUAUAGUGUCCAAAGAGGUAAAUACAUUUUCACACAAGUCAUAAUAUUUCAACUAAGGGGGAAAAAAUUCAUCAGCUAGAUUUCCCAGAGACCAUGAAUUCUCUCUUGAUGUGAUGAGCAGUUGGAAAAGGAGGACAAUAUUACUGAUGCUGUUUGAGGGCAGCUCAGAUUGUAUCGUUCAGAUCAGAAUUUCUAUAGAGACAGGAGAGGAAAGGGCUUGGAGAAAAGUAAGUGUUGGUAGGUUCUCAUGCUAAAUUGGGAAAAUAUGUUGCUUUAACUCAUUUCCAGCUACCUGUUCUACUCAUCCUUGUAUUACUGGCUGUUUGGGGUGAAUAGCUGGUUUUCCAGUUUUACCUAAUUCACGCAUGUAAUGAAAGGCAAAACUUUAAGCAUGACUCAAAAGAUUCCUAUGCAUCACCUUGCCUUGGACUGGUUUACUGUGGAGUUCAUCACCCCCUACAAGGUUUGCCAAGCCCUCCACCUACAAUAACCUACAUCUCCAACAAGCCUUUAACAAACCUACAGCAGCCUCCAGCUACAGCAAGCCCUCCCAUGACCUAGGCUCCUUGCUUGGUAAGGUGUUUCAGGCAUGUUGAACUGGGAGGAGACCCUGAGGUAGACCUGGUUAGACUGGAAAAGAUUAUGUCUCUCAGCUAGCAUGGCCCCAUAGAAGCUGGAGCAGGUACCUGGGAGAGAGAAGUCUGGGCUUCUCUGCUCAGAAUGCUGCAUCUACAACCUGGAAAUAGAUAAUAGGUGGAAAACGAAAACAUGGAUAUAACUCCGGUGUAGACACUGCUUGACUUUGACAGUCUGUUUAGAUGUAAUGCAUACUCUGUGGCACUACCGUAAACAUCUGUGUUAUAAAACAUCCAUGAUAUGAGUCUGCUCAUCCUCUUCUUCAGUGGUUCAGUGUCACUGGCUGGGGGAAUCGGCCCGACUGCUGAUGGUUUCUACAGAACAAUGUCAGAAAGCUGUUGAUAAUUGACCGUUUUUAAUAUGAAACGGUGCAUUUUUUUGGACUGUGUGGUAAUGCUCUUUUCACUGGCUGUAUUUUUUUUAAAGUUACCGUGAACUCAAAGUGAUUUCAUUCUGUUCUUUCUUUCCUUUGCUUCUACUUGGCAGUGUCAUGGCAGGUUGGGUUGCAGCUGCUUCCAGUUUGUCAAAAACAGACUGUGAACAUUAUGCUCAGUCCUGCGAGCAAGUAAAACUGCUACAGAGCUUACUGUAACUUCAAAUCAAGGUCAUCAUCAGGAAGCCAAACAGCGAUCAGAGAUAAUGGAAAUAAACAUUAGUGACAAGAGGAAGAAGACGUCCUUGACCACCUCACCUGAUGCGCUGUUCCCUCUAGAUGCUGCUCAGCCCUGCAUUCACCCGCCUCACCUCAUUGCUGGGAUUUAGCAGCUACCUGUAGCUGAAAAGACAAGACAAAAAAGCCUUGGCGGCUGCCUGCGAUCAGUUUGUGUGUCUGUGGUUAGGUCUGUAAUCAUGGGAAAAGAACAGGAUCUGCUGGUGGCCGUGAAGAGUGGAGAUCUCCUGCUGGCUCACAAGCUUCUCUCUAAAGUCAAGUGCAAUAAAAGCAAGCUGCUGGGCUCUACCAAGAGGCUCAACAUCAACUACCAAGACUCAGAUGGCUUCUCGGCCCUGCAUCAUGCAGCUCUAACGGGGACCAUCGAGCUGCUGUCUCUGCUGCUGGAGGCCCAGGCCACGGUGGAUAUCAAGGACAUAAACGGCAUGCGUCCCCUCCACUACGCAGCGUGGCAGGGUAAAGCUGACUCUGUUCUAUUGUUGCUGAGAGCCGGCGCUGCAGUCAACUCCCCUUCCAAUGAUGGACAGAUACCGUUGCAUCUCUCUGCACAGUACGGACACUAUGAGGUGUCUGAGAUGUUGCUGCAGCAUCAGUCUAAUCCCUGCUUCAUGAACAAGGCUAAGAAGACACCACUAGAUUUGGCCUGUGAGUUUGGCAGACUGAAGGUGACUCAGUUACUGCUGAGCAGUAAUAUGGUUGCAGCCCUGUUAGAAGGAGAACGAGGAAACGGCAGCCUGGACUCUCCCUCCACCACCCCACUCCACCUAGCAGCCAGAAAUGGACACAAAGACAUCAUCAAGUUGCUCCUCAAAGCUGGCAUUGACAUUAACAGAGCCACCAAAGCGGGGACGUCUUUGCACGAGGCUGCCCUCUAUGGCAAAACGGAUGUAGUACGGCUGCUCCUUGACGCGGGCAUCAACGUGAACAUGCGCAACACCUACAACCAGACGGCUUUGGACAUUGUCAAUCAGUUCACCACUUCCACAGCCAGCAGGGAAAUCAAACAGCUGCUGAGAGAAGCAUCAAGCUCCCUUCAAGUUAGAGCAGUGAAGGACUACUGGAAUCUCCAUGAUCCCACUGCACUUAACCUGCGGGCGGGAGAUCUGAUCAUGGUCCUGGAGCAGCACUCAGACGGCCGGUGGAAAGGUCACAUCCAUGACACCCAGCGGGGGACAGACCGGGUGGGCUUUUUCCCCCCUUCAGUGGUGGAGGUCCUCAGCAAAAGAGCAGGAGGCACGCUCUUCCGCCAAGCUUCAAUGCCUUGCAAACGACAACACUUUGUGUCCGGAGCUCCUCCUUCGAGUCACGGCCCUGCCCCUCAGACUGAUGACUUAUACAUCCUUGGCUAUGACCCUGCAGGUGCUCCAUUGGGCAGUCAGCUCUCAACCCCAGCUAGUUCUGCUAGCCCCACUCAGGAAAUCUGGGUCCUCAGGAGCUCUCCCACUGGUGACAGAAACAGUGUCGGCAGCGCUGGCAGUGUUGGUAGCAGCCGCAGUGCAGGGAGUGGUCAGAGCUCAGAGAGCGGCCACAAACAGAAUGGGAUUCAUUGCUGCCACAACAAUGACACUGGCAAGCUGGCUCCCUCUGCUGGCGAAUCAAGGGACCGCGUUAUAGGAGUGGACCACAGCAAACAGGUUGAUGGAUCCACAGGUGGUUCCCGCCAACAGGUUAACGGCACUCCUCAGAAAGGCUUUGUGAGGCCUGAACAGCUUUUGGAAGGCAAGGAUUCAGAAGCUAUCUACCAGUGGCUGUGUGGGUUCCAGCUCGAGCAGUACACGUCCAGCUUCAUCAGUGCAGGAUACGAUGUACCCACCAUCAGCAGAAUGACCCCCGAGGAUCUUACAGCUAUCGGAGUGACCAAACCAGGCCACAGGAAGAAGAUAUCGAUGGAGAUUAGCAAGCUGAGCAUUCCUGAGUGGCUCCCAGAUUACAUUCCUUCGGACCUGGGGGAAUGGCUGAGUGUGAUUGGAUUGCCUCAGUACCAGAAAAGAUUGUCUGACAAUGGCUAUGACUCCAUUGCCAUUGUCAAGGACAUCACCUGGGAGGACCUGCAGGAGAUAGGCAUUACUAAACUGGGUCAUCAGAAGAAACUAAUGUUAGCAGUGAAGAGACUGUGUGACCUGCAUCGCUCUCGUAACCAUGCCGACAGAACCGGAGGCGAAACUCUCAGACGAAAGCUGCCUGCUGCUCUCGAGCUGGUGGUUAUCGAACACACGCCGACACACAAUGCUCAGGCACACGCUGACACUCCAUCCAAUGACUGUUGCUCCUCCCCUCGUACUCCCAGAGCCCUCCUUUCCUUUCAGGACAGCGAGCUAAGCGUGGAGCUACAGAGUGCAAUGAUGGGAAAGGCGGGUGGAGGUCCCGCUGAGAUGUUCAGCAUUAAAGGUGUGUCCUCUGCUGCAGGUGGGACUGCCAUGUCAGUCAGUCAAGAGAGCAUUGGCAUGCGUUCGCGGGGCUCAGGGAAAUCUGGGAACUCUGGAAAUGUAAAUUUGGCUCAUUGUCAGGAUCAGCAGGCCGUACUGUCUUCAGCCAGGACAUCGAGCCGGUCUGAGGAGAGUUUAAGUAGUGGUGCAGGGGAGGAGGUGAAGAGUGGAAGAAGCAGUCCUGGAGGCAGAAGUAGACAGAGACCCAGUGAGUCAUGGGUGCAUCAGAGUCAAUCUGCUAUCCCAAAUAAAAUCCCCUUCUCCCCUCUCACACCUCCACUGACCCCCAGCAAGAUGCCCCGUUUUGCCUACCCAGCUGUCCCACCUAAAGCCAAACACUUCCAGUCUCCUAACCGCCCUUAUCAGCCUCAACAACACCCACAGCAACACCCACCCUCCUCCCCAUCUUCACCAUCCCCGCAAGCUUCCCCGACACAGAAGGCUUUCAGUUAUAUCCAAGCUCAAGCAGAAGUAGUCAGUGGGGCUCCACGACUACUUUCCAAGCCACUGCCUGGGGCUGUCCCGCUGCUGGGGCCCUUACUUGUACAGGGCCCAGCCAAUGAAACUCAAAAAGGCCCACAAAAGAAGCGCUCGCAAAGCCUGAAUCGCUAUGCUCUGUCAGAUGGUGAGCCAGAUGAAGACGACAAUCCCACUUCCCCUUGUACCUCUGCUUCCUCUGCGGUCAUGCCAUCUUAUGCCACCAUGUCACGCAGGCCGGGACGUGGCCAUGCAAGUCCUCUAGGGGCCCAACGUCACAUCAACCGUAGCCACUCCUUUGCUGUGCGCUCUCGACGCAAAGGUCCGCCUCCACCCCCACCUAAGAGGAUGAGCUCGGUAAACGACACCCGUGUGUGUCAACCAGGAAACCACCAAGGAGUGGAGCCAGAGGUGACGGAAGGGGUAGAGAUGGAGAGUGCAGGCAGUGUGAGGAGUAUCGCAGCCAGGCUUGAAGGCAGCAGCAGCAGUAGCCCAUCUAGAAGAAUAGAUAUACCACCAGCCCACCUCCCUGUUUCACCUGCAUUCAGCCCUGUUUCCUCACCGAUCCCACGUGGAUUUCCUUCUCACACCAUCACUCAGCACUCCAAACCUGUCCCAGCCUUGGGUCUCGGGGGCCUUAGGAGGGUAGGAAAUGAAAGGACAGAAGGAGACUUCAAUAGACAAAGAGGUAGAAGUACAGAGAGAGACUCUGGUGAGGAAGUGAAAGCAAAGAAAACUGAACACAUAUCAAAGAGUGCUGCUGCAUCUCCCAAGCACAGGUCCAAGGACCAUCUACCGUUUGCUGAAGAAGGCAACCUGACUAUCAAACAGCGACCCAGGAUAGCAGUCGUUAGUCAGCCGGGUGCUGAAGUUAAAACUCCUUCAGAGGCGGUGCAGACCCCAAACAGCCUUGAACUCCCAGAGUUCAAUCUAAAGGAGUCUGACACGGUGAAAAGACGGCACAAACCCAAAGACAAAGACGCGUCCACUCCUGAAGAGGUUAGCACCCCACACAGAAACAACAAGCACCCAGAACCCAACAGCCUCCACACGCAAAAUGACAUCAGUACACUGAGUGACGAUGAAGCUCAGAGGCCACACAAUGUUUUCCAGAGGAUAGGAUCAAUGGGCAAAGGCCCAAAGCCUCCAGUGUCCUCAAAACCUCCCAGUCCCCUGAAACAAACCCCCAACAGCAAACCAACAACUCCUCAAAAAACUGUUUCGCCAUUGCAACCAAGUGGACAAACAGCCAUCCCUAACCUCACGAGCGUACAGAUUCACACAGUCUCCCCAAAGCUGAAAAGCAACAUGUACAUUCAGACUUGUAUGUCCAGUCCAAAACCUGUGAAACACAGACAGACCUUCACGUCCGAACCUGGGAGUCCACAGAAAGCCGUCGCUGUGUCAAGACUCCCUCAGAACACCUAUGCAGCAACAGCAGGUCCGAAUCUCAGCAUGGCUCAAAGUGUUGCCUUUGCUGCUCCACCGUCACCAUUGCUGAACUCUUGCUGCCCACCCUCGGCACUACCCAGUCAGCCAGGAAAAGGAUGGGUAACUCCGCCUGGUGUGGCCAGUGUGGAGAUGCUGGCCCAGAAGAAACUAGAGCAAACUAGUACAUCACUGGAAGCUGCUCUCAAAGUAGUGGAGACCAAACUGGCACAGGGGAGCAAUGUGGACGGUGGGGCCACCACAGUGAAGGCAGCAGGCAAUAUUCUGGAUGACAUUGGCAACAUGUUUGAUGACCUGGCCGACCAACUGGACGCCAUGUUGGAGUGACCUCCCAACUUCUGUCCUGCACGCAGAAAAAGUUUCUGUCUCAAGGGAGCAGCAGACAGAAAUCCGAACAGUGAGCACGGGGUCAGAGGGAACCUUAGAUGCUGGGAAGAACAGAGUGUGUGGAGCUCAGCACUUCCUGGGGUUUAAGAUCAAUCAGUUUGUGAAUAUUUGAGGACUUUCCUGCACAGCUUUUCCUCUGUUUUUGAGCACUUCGCCUUAGGACACACACCUGGGAAAGUUAUUGGAGGGAGUACAAACAGCCGCCAGAAGAGCUUCCCCGAUGUUGUUCAGUAUCUUCAGUAUCACUAAAAGGGAAUAAGAGUCCAUUGUAUCCAUGUAACCUGUGUAUAUACAGACACGUGUUUAUGUGUGUAGUCAAAUAUCUUUAUACUGAACAUAUUGACCUGUGAUUAUAUUUAUACUUAUAUAUGUUGGGUUUUUUUAACCAAAAGAGUUCCUAUUGGCUGCUUUAACCCUAUUGUAUAUUAGCAAGAUGAUCUAAUAUGUAUAUUUUGCUGCUUAUGGUCUGUAGCGUGGGGAAAUGAUUGUUUAAUAUAGGGAAAGAAUCAUAUUUCAUAAAUGUACGAUGGAUUGGUGUGGACCUGUUUUAACACAAGUGUUUGUUGUUGUUGUUCUUUAAAGCACUGUUACUGUCAGUAAAAACAGAUGCUUAUCGGUUUUAAAGUUAUUUAGUAACAGAGCUCAUCUCAGGUUGGUAUGGUACCGUCAGCAUGCUGUUUCAUUUCAGCAGUGGCCAAAACAUUUCGUGGAAGGCAACAUGUUAAUGAACUCAGAGUGACUGAACAUGGAGUCUUCAUUUGCUGCCAAAAUGUUUAAUUGGCGUAUUAACUGAUAGUUAUAUAUUUGAUUAUAUAUUUAAAUGAACAAACUCGAUGUGAAUUUGACAUCACAUUUUUAAGAGGCUUUAAAUUUUUUAGAACAUUGUCUCUCCCAUUUUAAUUUCACAAUCAGUCGUUUAGCAUUUCCUGUUUCCAUUUUUUUCGUUCAGUGUUAAAUGUUGUUCCAGCAGUGUUCAGACUAAAUCCCACAGAGGUUUUAUGUGCCAGACUUCUGACAACAUUUAGCAAUUAGUUGCUUUUGUCUUACACUCUUAUAGGUCUUUGAAUACAGUAUAGGCUCACAAAAUAUGUCACAAACACUCUGUGGCGGGGCAGGGGAGGGGCUGGCCCAAAUGGUGGCUGAGCUGGUGGCCACACGGAGGGAGCAGGCGGCGGUGUCGCGCUGAGAAGUGGAUGAACUGCAGGACCAGACCGAGUGCCGGAUGCACGUGAUUACGAUUCUGGCGGCUCGGCUCAGUUCCUGGCCCACACAGUUGCCGGCGCACCACAGCUGUAUGGGAGUGGCAGGUGUCCGAUCUGCUCCGGUCCUCAGGGUGAGGCCAGCCAGGAUGCCGUCUGCCUCCACACCCGUACCCACUCCUCAGGUGGAAGCAGCUGGUGCAUGCUGGUGCCUGCACCCAUUCCUGCUCCCCGGAGGAGGGCCGCUGAGCAACCUCCGCGUCCACCACCAGCUCACUCACCUGCUCAGCCGGGGCCGGAGAAACUGUUUGUUGUUAAAGAAGAAAAUAGAAGACUUAGUUUGUGGGAUCAAACUGGUUUGAUUUGUAGAACUGAGUUGUAAAUUGAGAAAAUGAUUACUUUGAGUUUUGCAUCAGUUAAAUUACUCUGGCAUACUUCAGCCUCCGUAGCGAGCAGGGACCAGCCUCAUAACUGUAAAUAACCAGCAAAGUUUGAUAAGAACUUCACUUUGGAGUUUUGUUCUUCGCUUGUUCCUGCUGCAGUGAAGACAUUUGUCAGCAGAUGCUAAAUCUAUUGUAGCACUGACAGUUACUCCUGUACCAAUUCACUUUAAAAUUCUCUUUUUAAAAAAAAGCUGUUGCAUGACUCAAUACUUCGCUUACCAUCCAGUGGAAUAUCUGUUUUUGAGCCAUUCUUUUUUUAAUUGGGCUCUUUUACCUUCAGCCAUCUUUAGGCUUCCUUCUUUUACUCCUCUGCACGCCUUCAUUUUAAAAAUGGAGUCGAAUCUCUCUCCCAAACCUUUGCUGGGAAGAUUUGGUUAAUGGAAGCUGGCAUGUUUUUACAUUUUUUAAGAUACCAAGCAUGUUCACAUUCAUGCAACAGCUUUUUUCUCUGUGGUUUCGAUCUUCUGUUUUGUUUAUUAAUGUUUCCUUCUGAAUUCUGUGUCAAACCAGAAAUAAUUAAAGGGAUUUGUACUGAC